UCGAGGUGCAUGUGCAAUUUUUACUUUCAAGCGAAGUACUUAUAAGCAGGAAUAUUUAAAUUUAUUUCAUUAUUCUCAAUUAUAAGUAAGUAAAUACAAUUAUAGGAGUCAUAUUUUCUCAAGAACACACAAGUGAGGAAAUCCACAUCGACUGCUGACAACUUACUAAGAGCAACCAGUUCAGUAUAAAGCUUUGGGACAAUGGCCGAAGGAAAUAACCCCCCAGCUAUUGCCACGGGUGCUGUGCUGGUGAAGAGUGAACCACUUCCAGAAGGAACACCAACUGUGCAAGGGUACGAUUUCAACCAAGGCAUCGACUAUCACAAGCUGCUUGGAACGUACGCUCAGUCCGGAUUUCAAGCAUCUAACUUUGGUCUGGCUGUUAAGGAAAUCAACAAAAUGAUUGAUUGCAAGCUGAAACCACUAACCAAAGAGGCCAGUGAAAGAAUCAAUCUGAAUCCAGUUGGAAGGGAACUCAGCAACUGUACAAUCUUUCUGAGCUUCACGUCAAACCUCAUUUCAUCUGGGGUUCGAGAGGUCCUUCGAUACCUAGUUCAACAUAACAUGGUUGACUGUAUUGUUACCACAGCAGGGGGAAUAGAAGAAGAUAUUAUCAAAUGCAUGGCACCAACAUUCCUAGGAGAAUUUUCUCUUCGUGGUAAAGAGCUCCGGAGCAAGGGUAUUAAUCGAAUUGGGAACCUUUUGGUGCCCAAUGACAACUACUGCCAUUUUGAGGACUGGUUGAUGCCAAUUCUAGACAAGAUGCUCGAGGAGCAGACCCAAGAAAAUGUCUUGUGGACUCCUUCUAAGAUGAUCGCAAGACUUGGAAAAGAAAUAGACAACCCUGAUUCUGUGUAUUAUUGGGCAUACAAGAACAACAUUCCAGUCUUCUGUCCAGCUAUUACGGAUGGUUCUCUUGGUGAUAUUGUGUAUUUCCACUCGUACAGGAAACCAGGACUCGUCAUUGAUAUUGUAGAAGAUGUACGUCGAUUGAACAGCCAAGCUGUAUUCGCUCAAAACACAGGAAUGAUUAUCUUAGGUGGAGGAGUUGUGAAACACCACACUUGCAAUGCUAACCUCAUGCGAAAUGGUGCCGAUUUUUCUGUGUACCUCAACACUGGGAGUGAGUUUGAUGGGAGUGAUUCUGGAGCCAGUCCAGAUGAAGCGGUUUCCUGGGGCAAAAUACGGACGACUGCCACACCAGUUAAGAAAACUACCGGCUUCGGACAUAAGGCUGAUUUGUGCUGAAGCAACACUCAUCUUUCCACUACUGGUUGCAGAAACCUUUGCAAGAAGAGAAAAAGAAUUUGAAAACAUCAUUAAAUAAUAUAGCCUUUUUAUUAAUUUAUUUUCUGUGAAAUUUAUGCGCUGAAACAGCUGAACAUAAAUUCAAAAGACCUGAUGUGUACCUGUAUGAUUCAUGAUCUCAACAGGGAGAGAAUUAAGUGAGCACUUGUAUUUACUUCAGGUCUCAGUCGUCGUGUGGUUCAGGUCCCAGAUAUUGAAUGCUUGGUCCAAUCAGUAGACCCAUUGCUGCUUUUUUCUCCCCACAUUCCAGCCACCAUAAUCAUGAUAGAUAUGUGAAAUACCAUCAUGGUACAUGUAUGUUCUGUCCUGUCUGGAAAAUUUUAUAUUUUGGUACUCUUGAAAAUGAAUAGCCUUUAUGACGACACUGAAUUUCUUUUCUCACAUUGUACACCAGAUUUGGCAUAUAAUAAGACCUACAUGUACUUUAGGUUUUGCUACAAUAAGGGGCGAGACGUACCCAGUGGUAAAGUGCACGCCUGAUGCAUGAUCGCUCUAGGAUCGAUCCCUGUCAGUGGGCCCCCAUUGGGCUAUUUCUCAUUCCAGCCAGUGCACCAUGACUGGUAUAUA